AGCGGGCUGUAGUGCAUAUGGCCAGUUGAGUCAGAGCCGUCAAGUAGUUAAGUUCGCAGCGGUUUCGGCCAGAAGGAACGGAAGAUUAUUCCCCUAUACUCCCCCUUUUAAGCCAUGUUUCCCCAAGCCGAGCUGGAGAACUACAAGCUGCAGGUGGAGCUGCUACAGGAGAAGCUACAACGCAGCGAGGAUAAUCGCCAGCAGCUGGAGCACAAGUUGGAUAAGGUCUUGCAGAAGCGCAGCGAGCUCGACAAGUCAGUGCGCCACAAGAGCCGCCAAAAGUACCAGGAGUUCCUGGAGGAGCAGACCAAGCGCAACGAGCGCAACAAAAAGCUGGUUCACAUGCUGGAGCGCAUCGACGAGCAAACGGCUGCCAUGUCGCAGCGAAGCGAGCGGCUUAAAAUGAUGAAGCUGCAGUACCAAAUGUACUUUGCGAAAUUGGUGCAGAAUCAAACAAUGCGAUGCAUCCAGCAGACGACGGCAUCGGCGCCGGCAACCGCGGGCGGAGUGAUUCCGGUGCUGGUGCAACCGCAGCCGCAGGCGACCAAUCCGCAGCCGACGCCUCAGCCGUGGACGUUUGCCAUGGCCACGCCCACGCAGGCGGGCAUGCUGUUGACGCCCCAGUUUGCCGCAGCAAGUCCUGUUCCACCUGCCCCCCAUACCAAUGCAGCUGGCCAUCCUGUUUACUAUCCGGAGCUCUUUGGCGGAACUGCAGCUCCUCUGGGCACCUCGAACCUGUUCGAUUUGCGCGCCACCCUGCGCGCCUUUGAUAAUGAGAAUGCCGAUUUACCGGAGCGCAUGCAUCCUCUCCUGACAGGUGAUUAUCAGGCGGAUCUGGGUGGCAGUGGCAGUGGCUGUGGGAGUGGCAGUGGAAGGAUGCCCCCAGAAGCGACACCCACAUCCACGGUGUCUUCCAGCCAGGAGAAGGGUGCCCGGAAACUUAGCAGCACUUCUUCGACGCUGGCCACAUCCUCGUUGACAUUUGAUAAAUUGCCAAAGACGUCGUCCUCGCCCUCGCUGACGUUAACUGAGCUGCCGACGGCAGGAGCGGGAACAACUUCUGGCCAGGAUGUGGGCGGGCAACCGCAAAGGGAAACCGGCGACCUGGAUGCCUGGACAAAUUCACGCGUGACUAAAGUCGAGUAUGAAAAAUCACCAACUGUUGUUGGGCAUAAUGAGCAUAACGGCCAGCGACGUUGGCCAGACCAGCAGCAGCAACAGCAGCAGCAGCAGCAGGAGCACCAGAUACGCCAGCAGCCCGAACAGCAGCAACAUCAAGAGGUACAGCAGCAAUAUCAACAGCCACAGCAGCAACAUCAGCAGCCCCACGACUUUGAAGCAUACUUUGGUGAGCUCAAAAUCGAUGAGUCCUGGCAGGAUGGCACACGCAAAGACAAACGCCCCUUGAACGUGCGUUCCGGUGAGCAGGGAUCAGCGGCUGGUGGCAAAGUUGGCAUCAGCAACGAUUUGCUGGACGAAGUCAAAGCCAGCCGGGCGGCCCUGGAAAAGGCAGCGGCUGCGGUUGAUGAGCAGCUGGCAAGGGGUAAUCAAUUGUCGCCGCCCAGGAGUCAUGAGCUCACAGCUGGUGUGUCGAUUGAGAAUAUUGAAAAUGCCAUUUAUGGCGAACGUUUGACAGGGGGCGGAUCAGGUGGAGGUGGAGGUGCAGGAGGAGCUACUGCGACAGCAGGCGAGGUGGACACACCUACGCAGGGAUUUUUCGAAACUAUGGUAACCAACACAUCGCCGGAGGAACUCCAGGAGGUGGAAAAGCAGCAGCAGCAGCAGCAGCAACAGCAGCAACCGAAGCCGGAGUCUGCCGGUUACGGGCAAUACGAUGCCAGCAGUUACGGCGAUGUCAGUGAGCCCAUCUAUGCCAGCAUCGAUUCCGCCGGCCAGCCAACAAACGCAAAAGCGGAGCCGCUUUACAGCGAAAUCGGAAAUCCCACAGACUAUCAGCCGUACGCAGCGGAUGCGGGGGCAGUUGGCGAGGUUCCUCCCGAAAUGGCAGGCACCACGGAGGCACCGGACGAUGCCAGUGGUGCAGAGGUUCUGCCGCAGGAGUACUCCAAUAUUGAUUACGGCAACUACGAGGCUGGCCAAUAUGAAUCCGGCUAUGAUCCCAAUGCCUAUCCGGGCUACAUAUACGACGAGGCAACGGGGCAGUAUAUAGCCGAUCCCAAUGCCACUCAAUAUGCGCCGGAUGGCAGCUACGCUGGCCAGGAUUACGAUGCCGGUGCGGUGCAGAAUUAUGACUACAGUGCCUACGAACAGCAACCGGAUCAGCAGCAGCAACAGCUACAGCAACAGCAGCAGCAAGAGCAGCACGAAGAGUUGCCGGCACAGGAGCAAUUGAUGCAGGAGCAGCAGCAGCAGGAAGCGUAUCCAGUGGGCGAAAUAGCAGCACCGGAAGGGGCAGAAAGUCCGGCUGUGGCGGCUGCUGCACCACCGGAACCACCAGUCACCAAUAAACCCCUCAAACCCACGUCAAUACUCUCCACGACAGACAAACAAGCGGCGCCUAAUGAUGCGCAGCAGCAGCAGCAACAGCAGCUAAAGAAAAAGAAGCGCGUUAAUUUCGUUGACAGCAGCGAAACGGAUGAUAGCUCAAGCGUGAAACCGACCCCGAUCCAGGCCGCAAAUCCAGGACCCACCGCAUCCUCCGCCCCCAACUCGGCCACGCCCCCCGUGGGCGGCAGCGAGAGUGAUUUCGAUUUUUCAACCGGCAGCGAGGCGAAGAAUUAGAACAAUGCGGCAAACCGUUCGAGCUCUAAUUUGUUGCCAUUUGGGGUAACCGAUCACCCACCUCAUGCCCCAAUUUUAAAGUGAACGACCGAUUCGAUUUGUUGCCAAUGGAUUCGGAAAAGUAUUCUGAACAAUCCAGGAAACGGUGAGAAAACAGAGAGGAGAAUAAAAAGAGCAAUAGCUAAAAUGAAAUUGUUUGCGGAAAAUGGCAAGCCACAAGCCACACAGGAGUUGUUGCUUACUAAGGUGACGACAAACUUAUAAUGCUCGUCUUAUUUAAUAUUCUCAGUUGCAUGUCAAAUAAAACGAAUAAGCUAAAUAAAAUAAAUAUAAUACGCAAAA